AUGCCUCCGAAGUUCAAGCGUCACAUGGAUCACGAGCAGAGGGUUCACUUGAUGGGAGACACGAACGAUAGUGAUGGCGAUGACGUUGUGUAUCAUCAGCGUGAUGCAAAAGGCUCUACUAAAUCCGGGGACAAGCUAACCAGAGUGCAGGAUCAGGUGGCUGAUGUGGUGGGUGUCAUGCAAGCUAAUAUUGGCAAAGUGCUGGACAGAGGAGAUCGACUGGAGGAUUUGCAGGACAAAACUGACGACUUGGCUGCUGGGGCGCUCACAUUUCACAAGAGUGCCAGCAAGCUGCAACAGAAAAUGUGGUGGAGAAACAUGAAGAUGAGAUUGUGCUUUGUUCUCAUCAUCCUCAUUAUCAUAGCAUUCAUUGCAAUACCCAUCAUAGUUACACAAAAGAAGUCAAGUAAGCCAUGA